AUGGCGCCGGAUGGGCCUGGCCUCCCACCGCGGCCUCCCUUCCUCCGCAGUCUCGGCAGGGCUACCUGGGCUGGCGGGACUGCGAGUGACUUCUGACGCAGAUUCCCAAGAUGAGAGAGGCUGGAGCUGGGGGAGGAAGGCCAAUGGCGACGAAGGCGCUCAACUCCCAAAUCCAGGACAAAGGAGGCAGACGGGCUCCUUUGUAAUUCCGCCGCCCGGUGGCCAAGGUUUUUAAGCCAGGCUUGGCUGCCGGACCGGGAGGGAGGGAAGGGGGGGACUCUCCCUAGCUCUCUGGUCUCUAGGGCAGCUAGAUAAACGGAAAGUCUGCGGGGAGGAAUAAAGGACGCUUAGCCGGCCCUUAUAUUCCAGAUUUGGAACUUCGAAAAGACAUUUAAAUCAAACGGUAUUGAGAUGGAUUGGGUUAUGAAACAUAAUGGUCCAAAUGACGCUAGUGAUGGGACAGUACGACUUCGUGGACUGCCAUUUGGUUGCAGCAAAGAGGAAAUAGUUCAGUUCUUUCAAGGGUUGGAAAUCGUGCCAAAUGGGAUAACAUUGACGAUGGACUACCAGGGGAGAAGCACAGGGGAGGCCUUCGUGCAGUUUGCUUCAAAGGAGAUAGCAGAAAAUGCUCUGGGGAAACACAAGGAAAGAAUAGGGCACAGGUAUAUUGAGAUCUUCAGAAGUAGCAGGAGUGAAAUCAAAGGAUUUUAUGAUCCACCAAGAAGAUUGCUGGGCCAGCGACCGGGACCAUAUGAUAGACCAAUAGGAGGAAGAGGGGGUUAUUAUGGAGCUGGGCGUGGAAGUAUGUAUGACAGAAUGCGACGAGGAGGUGAUGGAUAUGAUGGUGGUUAUGGAGGUUUUGAUGACUAUGGUGGCUAUAAUAAUUAUGGCUAUGGAAAUGAUGGCUUUGAUGAUAGAAUGAGAGAUGGAAGAGGUAUGGGAGGACAUGGCUAUGGUGGAGCUGGCGAUGCAAGUUCAGGUUUCCAUGGUGGUCAUUUUGUACAUAUGAGAGGAUUGCCUUUUCGUGCAACUGAAAAUGACAUUGCUAAUUUCUUCUCACCACUAAAUCCAAUACGAGUGCAUAUUGAUAUUGGAGCUGAUGGCAGAGCAACAGGAGAAGCAGAUGUAGAGUUUGUGACACAUGAAGAUGCAGUAGCUGCCAUGUCUAAAGAUAAGAAUAACAUGCAACAUCGAUACAUUGAGCUCUUCUUGAAUUCUACUCCUGGAGGCAGCUCUGGAAUGGGAGGUUCUGGAAUGGGAGGCUACGGCAGAGAUGGAAUGGAUAAUCAAGGAGGUUAUGGCUCUGUUGGAAGAAUGGGAAUGGGGAACAAUUACAGUGGAGGCUAUGGUACUCCUGAUGGCUUGGGUGGUUAUGGCCGCGGUGGUGGAGGCAGUGGAGGUUACUAUGGGCAAGGUGGCAUGAGUGGAGGUGGAUGGCGUGGGAUGUACUAAAUUAAAGGAUAACCACCAACAUAAAAGUCCUGACAACAGCAUCUGGUCUACUAGACUUUCUUACAGAUUUAAUUUCUUUUGUAUUUUAAGAACUUUAUAAUGACUGAAGGAAUGUGUUUUCAAAAUAUUAUUUGGUAAAGCAACAGAUUGUGAUGGGAAAAACUGUUUUCUGUAGGUUUUAUUUGUUGCAUACUUUGACUUAAAAAUAAAUUUUUAUAUUCAAACCA